UGUAAAAAAACAGGUCAUAUAAUUGUUUGAACGUUUAUUACAUAAAAAAAUGUCAAUACCAUUUAGAAAAAUGUUCACAUGUUCAAGAAAAUGUUCAUAAGAACAUCAAAUUUGUGAGUCUAUGUGUGAUGCAUUUGCACCCUUGGCUCUUAUCCCCACACAAAUAAGCGACAACUAGCCAUGGCUAAGCCAACUAUUUAUCUCCCGUAACAGCUUUUUUUAGGGGUCUCAUAAAAGCUCGAAUUCUCAAACAUACACCCGUUGAUGAAAAGGCCGAAAGGGCCACUGGAAGGAAGCCAGGUCCAGUUGAGAUGAAGGAGGCGCGUGGCCCAUGGUCCGUCUGCCCCCUUCCUGGCUUGCUCCUAUUUCUGCUCUCCGCCACCACCGCCCCGCGAGCUCCUCCUCCUCCCAUCCCAGCCAGCCAGCCGAGAGCCCUCCCAAUGCCAGCCACCACCAAUGCCUACCACCUAGGCCCCAAGGCGCCGACCCUGCAGCUCCACCGAGCGUCCUCCCUCCGCCCCUCCGCCCAACCCAUGGCCCGUGUGGCGGGGCAGCAGCUCGCCGCCGCGCUGCUCCUCCUCACCUCGGCCGCCGCCGCGCGCGCCAUCGCCAUCGGCAGCCCCGCCUACAACGUCGUCCCGCGGCUCUCCUCCUUCGAGGAGCACGCCGCCGUCGUCCCGCGGCUCUCCUUCGAGGAGCACGCCAUCGACGACGACUACGGCGGGGACGGGGUCGGGGGCGGCGCCGCCUCCGCCGCCGGGGGCAAGGGCCUCGUCGGCAACCCCGUCGUCGCCGAGAUCGUCAACAAGCGCCUCAAGGGCCUCACCGCCACCUUCGCCCGCUCCAUCCGCAGCCAGCUCGGCUACUGCAUCAAGGACACGGACUCGGAGUGGGACGCGGCCUUCAACUUCACCAAGGACACCUCCUUCCUCAACAACUGCAUGAAGCAGACCAAUGGUGACCUGCACCAGCGGGUGUGCACGGCGGCGGAGAUGAAGUUCUACUUCAACAGCCUGAUCGAGAGCGGGGAGGAGACCAGGUGGGAGAAGAGCUACGUCAGGCCCAACAAGAACUGCAACCUCUCCUCCUGGAUCGACGGCUGCGAGCCCGGCUGGGCCUGCAGCGCCGGCGAGCAGAAGGUCGACCUCCAGGACGCCAAGGACAUCCCCUACCGCGCCGACGACUGCCAGGCCUGCUGCCCCGGCUUCUUCUGCCCCCAUGCCCUCACCUGCAUGAUACCUUGCCCUCUUGGAGCAUACUGCCCACUGUCCACCCUGAACAAGACUACGGGCAUCUGCGACCCGUACAAUUACCAACCGCCUGCUGGGAACCCAAACCACACCUGUGGCAGUGCUGACAACUGGGCAGAUGUGAUGAGCACCGACGACGUUUUCUGCCCGGCUGGAUUCUACUGCCCGAGCACGACCCAGAAGCUCCCUUGUAGUAGUGGGUAUUACUGCAGGAAGGGGUCGACUUCGCAAACCAGAUGCUACAAGAAGAGCGCAUGUCCGCCCAACUCUGUUAAUCAGGACAUUACGAUCUUUGGCAUGUUGCUAGUGAUUGCCUCUUGUCUAGUCCUUCUGAUCAUCUACAAUUUCUCUGGCCAACUUCUGACCAACCGUGAGAAAAAGCAAGCAAAAUCUCGAGAGGCUGCUGCAAGGUAUGCGAAAGAGACGGCGCAGGCUCGCGAGAGGUGGAAAACAGCUAGAGAUGUCGCCAAGAAGGCUAGCACUGGCCUUCAGUCACAACUGUCUCGCACCUUCUCGCGCAAGCAGAAGCUGGGGCAGGCAGGGGGGAUGUCAUCGAAAGGCCUGCCUGUUGGAACGGAUGGGGCUGGAAAAAAGAGCAACCUGCCCGACAUGAUGAGCUCCCUAGAAGAGAACCCAGACGGGCCCGAAGGAUUCCAAAUGGAAAUAGGAGACAAGGCCGGCAAGAAGAUGCCGAAAGGGAAGGAGAUGCACAGCCGGAGCCAGAUUUUCAAGUAUGCAUACGGUCAAAUCGAGAAGGAAAAGGCAAUUCAACAGGAGAUGGAGGAGAACGAUAACAACAUGAGUUUGUCUGGUGUGGUAAGCAUGGCCAAAGAGCACGAAGUCGGUUCGAGAAUGCCGAUUGAGGUCGCGUUCAAGGACCUGACUCUGACGCUGACGGGGAGCAAGAAGAAGAUCUUGAGGUCCGUGACAGGAAAGCUCAUGCCUGGCCGCGUAGCUGCCGUCAUGGGCCCAUCUGGUGCUGGCAAGACCACAUUUCUGAGUGCUGUCGCCGGCAAGGCAACUGGUUGUGACACAUCAGGCUUGGUGCUCAUCAAUGGUAAAGUUGAGCCGAUCCGUGCGUACAAGAGGAUUAUCGGCUUUGUUCCCCAAGAUGACAUUGUCCAUGGCAACCUAACCGUUGAAGAAAAUCUCUGGUUCAAUGCAAGAUGCAGGCUUGCAGCAGACAUGUCGAAAGCCGAAAAGGUCCUCGUCGUGGAGAGGGUCAUUGAGUCUUUGGGGCUGCAGCCAGUUCGAGAUUCUCUGGUCGGGACGGUGGAGCAGCGUGGCAUCUCCGGUGGCCAGCGCAAGAGAGUCAACGUCGGUGUAGAAAUGGUCAUGGAACCUUCGGUGUUGAUCUUAGAUGAGCCGACUUCAGGUUUGGAUAGUGCAUCCUCCCUGCUUCUUCUCCGCGCCCUUCGCCGGGAAGCUCUCGAAGGCGUCAACAUCUCCAUGGUUGUUCAUCAGCCUAGCUACACGCUGUACAGAAUGUUCGAUGACUUGAUACUUCUUGCGAAAGGGGGGAUGACCGUCUACCACGGUCCAGUAAAGAAGGUGGAAGAAUACUUCUCAGGGCUGGGCAUUGUCGUGCCGGAUCGCGUGAACCCACCCGACUACUACAUUGACAUCUUGGAGGGCAUUGUGAAGCCAAACAUGAGCGCGGGCGUAACCGUUAAGGACCUGCCGCUCAGAUGGAUGCUGCACAACGGCUAUGACGUUCCACGGGACAUGCUGCGGAGCACCUCCGGGUCUUCGUCCAGAGGAGGCGCAGACCCUUCUUCUCCUGGCGCGGACGCAAGCCCAUCCUUUCUAUCAGAAAUGUGGGCCAAUAUCAAGGACACCAUCAUGCAGAAGAAGGAUGAGUUUGACUAUAACAAGUCAACCUUAGAUCUGUCAAACCGCAACACUCCCGGCAUCCUUAGGCAGUACAGGUACUUCCUGGGAAGGGUUGGCAAGCAGAGGCUCCGGGAAGCAAGGAUACUGGCUGUCGACUACCUGAUACUCUGCCUUGCUGGGAUAUGCCUGGGGACGCUGGCCAAAGUGAGCGACGAAACGUUUGGAGCGCUUGGGUACACUUACACUGUCAUCGCCGUCUGUAAGUCUGGCCUGCCUUCUCUUCCUCUUGAGCGAGCCCUGAAUCUGCAUAUCUAGCUGACCAGUUCUCGAGGUUCACUCAUGCCAAGCUGCGUUCAUGACGCAGCCCUGCUUUGCAAAAUCGGAGCCCUAAGAUCGUUCGCCCUGGACAAGAUAUACUACUGGAGGGAAAGGGCCUCGGGGAUGAGCUCACUGGCCUACUUCAUGGCCAAGGACACCAUCGACCACUUCAACACCAUCGUCAAGCCCAUCGUCUACCUCUCCAUGUUCUACUUCUUCAACAACCCCAGGUCGUCCAUCUGGGAGAACUAUGUCGUCAUCGUUGCUCUUGUGUACUGCGUCACGGGCAUCGGCUACACCUUCGCCAUCUUCUUCCAGCCAGGCUCCGCACAACUGUGGUCUGCACUGCUCCCAGUCGUUCUCACCUUGAUAGCAACUCAGCAGAAGGACACUAUCAUAGCUGAUCUUUGCUACACAAAGUGGGCUCUGGAGGCGUUCGUGAUCGCCAAUGCUCACAACUACACCGGGGUGUGGUUGAUAACACGGUGCGGCUCUCUGCAAAGUAACGGCUACGACAUCAGCAACAGGAGUCUCUGUUUAUGGGUCCUCGUGGCCAACGGGGUGAUCUUCCGCUGCGUAGCCUUCUUCUGCAUGGUAGUCUUCCAGAAGCACUGACCCCUCUGUCGAUAGAUCCGUUCAUCGAUUCUUUCUUUCUCUGCGUAACAGAAAAAUGUACAAUUGUUAGAGCUUUCUGUCUUUCACAGCAUGCAUGAGGUGUAGAUAAGAACAGAUUUACCUUUUUCUUGUUGUGGAGAUGUAAAGA